AUGACCGAGUCUUCAAGUGAAAACUAUCUCCAGAAUAAGCUAUCGCCUCAACAGUUUCAAGAGAGCAUUGAUUUCUACGAAGCUGAUCGUCAAUUGACGGUUGAGGAUAGGUUAAGAUUGACGAAAGAGCUUCAAUCAAUUCUCGUAUCAAACAACUUGAUUGGUUAUUCUGCCGGGAUGGUUGGGUUGUUAGUACCUACAAUAUACUAUAAGCUAAUCAAAAAACAGUCACCCAACAAGUUAUCAUUUAUUCAAAAACCGUUAUUUUCCUUCUUUUUUGGCUUUGCUAAUAUGAUGGUUGUCAGUUCAAUUGUAGAACGUAGGAGUUACUAUGAUGUAUUAAAUAACGGCACUUUGAAUGAUCGACAAUUGAACGUGUGGAAACGUAUGGAUUGGCAGAAAGUCCCUGCUUUUUUUUACUAUUAUUUGAAGUCAUCUAAAGACCCUCGGUUCAAAUUACGCGAUCCAAGAAGUAUAACUGUUGAUCCAAUCACCAAGAGACCAAUUGAAACAAUCUCGACCAUACCAAAUGAUCCAAUCACCAAGAGACCAAUUGAAAAGUUUCAAAAUAGCGAGACUACUCCUCAAAGAAGGGUUGAGUUCAAUCCUCAAGCAUACAGGGAAAAAGAGUUUCAAAAUGAUUCAGUAGGUGAUUUUAAACCUGAUUUUGUAAACGGCGUAGGGCUAAAUGAUCAUCAACAAUUAUCCCACUGGGACCAAAUUAGAUUGGCAAAUGGAUUUGAUGUCACUGCAGACAAAACAAGUGUCUCGCCACCUAUUACACCACCAUCGUUUGGUUUGCUUGGUAAUGAAGAUAAUAUCUCCUCUGAACAAGAAUCGCUGUCUAGACAAGACUUUGUCGAACAGGCACCACAAAAACAACAAUCAGCCUGGGACAGAAUCAGAACAAGUGAAAAGUAA